CCGGCUCGCUGACCAUGAAUGGGAUGGCCAACAUGAAUCCCGCCAGCCGCCCUCACUACGCCUCCUCCAUCCCCGUGCCUCGAGCUUCUUCCCAGACCAGGAUCCACACACCGGGCGCUUCUCCCCAGCUGCGGCCACGCCAGGCUGGGCUGGCCCUGAGCCCCCAGAGGGCAGCCUCUCCAAGACUGGGCAAGGCUGUGGGCCCUUCCAGAAACUCCUCUCCUAAGGCCUCCCGGGGCCGAGGCUCCCCCAGGGCUGCCGGGGCAGCGAGGGAGUCAGCAGAGGGGGGUGAAAGCUUCCCCGGCUCCCCAUGGAGCAGUCCCAGGAUAACCCCCAAAGCAGCCCUUUCCGGCCGAGCUGGGUCCAGAAGGGCAGGGGAGACACCAGGCACCCAGGGAAUGAAGAAAAAAGCCCAGGAAGGGAUUCCAGUCCGCCAGACCCGGGGCAGAAGCCCCUCCCGGACGAGCUCUCACGGAGAAACUCAAAUACCAGGCGCUCCUGAAGGUCGAAAGCCUCCUAACUACCCAGGAAAAGACCAAAGAGAUACAAACUACAAAGGUUCCGGCCUCCCCAGGGCUUUGGAGCCAGGUGAUGGGGCAGCCUCACGGGCUUCCUCUCCAGUCUGCAGCCCAGCGCAGGGCAAGCGCCCCUCUCCCAGCCCGGGGGCCAUUAGCUUCUCCCCGGCCCAUCAGCAGAGCCAGCCAGUCACAGCCACGGUGGCCCCCUUCCAGUACAGGUUGCAGACAGACCAGGAACCUGGCCCCCUCCCCCAGGCCAGCUGGGCCCUUGAUGGCUACUCUGGGCCCCCUGCUGAGACUGAGGAGAGCUUCUCCUGCCUGGACGCGCGGAUCGUCCAUGCGCUCCUCGCGGGCAGAAUGCUGGGCAGCGGCGUCAAGAGCGCGCAGCCCGAGGAGGAGCUGAGCGGCGGCGGCGGGGACGAGGGCGCGGACGAGCCGCGGGGCGCCGGCAGGAAGGCGGCGGCGGCGGACGGCAAAGGCAUGCUGCCCAAGCGCGCCAAGGCGCCCGGUGGCGGCGGCGGCAUGGCCAAGGCCAGCGCGGCUGAGCUGAAGGUCUUCAAGUCCGGCAGCGUGGACAGCCGUGUCCCCGGCGGGCCGCCCGCCUCCAACCUGCGCAAGCAGAAGUCGCUCACCAACCUCUCGUUCCUCACAGACUCCGAGAAAAAGCUGCAGCUCUAUGAACCCGAGUGGAGCGACGACAUGGCCAAGGCGCCUAAGGGCUUGGGCAAGGUGGGGUCCAAGGGCCGCGAGGCUCCGCUGAUGUCCAAGACGCUGUCCAAGUCGGAGCACUCGCUUUUCCAGGCCAAGGGCGGCCCGGCCGCCGGCGCCAAGACCCCCCUGGCUCCGCUUGCGCCCAGCCUGGGGAAGCCGAGCCGGAUCCCCCGAGGACCCUACGCGGAGGUCAAGCCGCUCAGCAAGGCGCCUGAGGCGGCCGUGAGCGACGACGGCAAAUCGGAUGAUGAGCUGCUCUCCAGCAAGGCCAAGGCGCAGAAGGGCUCCGCCGGGCCCGUGCCCUCCGCCAAGGGCCAGGAGGAGCGCGCCUUCCUCAAGGUGGACCCGGAGCUCGUGGUGACGGUGCUGGGCGACCUGGAGCAGCUGCUCUUCAGCCAGAUGCUGGACCCAGAGUCCCAGAGAAAGAGGACCGUGCAGAAUGUCCUGGAUCUUCGGCAGAACCUGGAAGAGACCAUGUCCAGCCUGCGAGGGUCCCAGGUGACCCACAGCUCCCUGGAGAUGACCUGCUACGACAGCGACGAUGCCAACCCUCGCAGCGUGUCCAGCCUCUCCAACCGCUCGUCCCCUCUGUCCUGGCGCUACGGCCAGUCCAGCCCGCGGCUACAGGCCGGGGAUGCGCCCUCCGUGGGCGGGAGCUGCCGCUCGGAGGGGCCGCCCGCCUGGUACAUGCACGGGGAGCGCGCCCACUACUCGCACACCAUGCCCAUGCGCAGCCCCAGCAAGCUCAGCCACGUGUCCCGCCUGGAGCUGGUCGAGUCCCUGGACUCGGACGAGGUGGACCUCAAGUCCGGCUACAUGAGCGACAGCGACCUCAUGGGCAAGACGAUGACCGAGGACGACGACAUCACCACCGGCUGGGAUGAGAGUAGCUCCAUCAGCAGUGGGCUCAGCGAUGCCUCGGACAACCUCAGCUCGGAAGAAUUCAAUGCCAGCUCCUCACUCAACUCCCUCCCAACGACUCCCACUGCUUCUCGCAGGAACUCUACAAUAGUGCUACGCACAGACUCAGAGAAGCGAUCUCUGGCAGAAAGUGGGCUGAGCUGGUUUAGUGAAUCAGAGGAGAAGGCCCCCAAAAAGCUGGAGUACGACAGUGGUAGCCUGAAGAUGGAACCUGGGACGUCCAAGUGGCGGAGAGAGCGGCCUGAGAGCUGUGAUGAUUCAUCCAAGGGUGGAGAACUGAAAAAGCCCAUCAGCCUGGGACGCCCUGGUUCCCUGAAGAAGGGCAAGACCCCACCGGUGGCUGUCACCUCCCCCAUCACUCACACAGCCCAGAGCGCCCUCAAAGUCGCAGGCAAACCUGAAGGCAAAGCUACGGACAAGGCGAAGCUCGCAGUGAAGAACACGGGGCUGCAGCGCUCCUCUUCCGACGCCGGCCGGGAUCGCCUGAGCGAAGCUAAGAAGCCCCCCUCAGGCAUCGCUCGCCCCUCCACUUCAGGAUCCUUUGGCUACAAGAAGCCACCUCCUGCCACCGGCACAGCCACCGUCAUGCAGACUGGUGGUUCAGCCACUCUCAGCAAGAUCCAGAAGUCCUCGGGAAUCCCUGUCAAGCCCGUGAAUGGACGCAAGACCAGCUUGGAUGUGUCCAACAGCGUGGAGCCGGGAUUCUUGGCUCCUGGGGCCCGUUCCAACAUCCAGUAUCGCAGCCUGCCCCGGCCAGCCAAGUCCAGUUCCAUGAGCGUGACCGGUGGGCGGGGCGGACCUCGCCCGGUCAGCAGCAGCAUAGACCCCAGUCUCCUCAGCACCAAGCAGGGAGGCCUGACACCCUCCAGACUGAAGGAGCCUUCCAAGGUAGCCAGUGGGCGGACCACUCCGGCCCCUGUCAACCAGACAGACCGGGAGAAGGAGAAGGCCAAAGCCAAGGCAGUGGCCUUGGACUCCGACAACAUCUCCCUGAAGAGCAUGGGCUCUCCGGAAAGUACUCCCAAGAACCAAGCAAGCCACCCCCCAGCCACCAAGUUGGCAGAGCUGCCACCAACCCCUCUCAGGGCCACAGCUAAGAGCUUUGUCCAGCCGCCCUCGCUAGCCAAUCUAGACAAGGUCAACUCCAACAGCCUGGAUCUGCCAUCGUCCGGCGACACCCAUGCUGCAAAGGUCCCAGAUCUGCAUGCUGCAAGCUCCGCAGCGGGGGCCCCUCUCCCCUCUUGCUUCACCCCCAGUCCAGCACCCAUCCUCAAUAUUAACUCAGCCAGCUUCUCCCAGGGCCUGGAGCUAAUGAGUGGUUUCAGUGUCCCAAAGGAGACCCGCAUGUACCCCAAACUCUCAGGCCUGCACAGGAGCAUGGAGUCCCUCCAGAUGCCAAUGAGCCUGCCCAGUGCCUUCCCCAGCAGUGCCCCCAUCCCCACGCCACCCGCUGCCCCUGCUGCUCCCCAAGAGGAAGAGACGGAAGAGCUGCCCUGGAGCGGAAGCCCCAGAACUGGGCAGCUGGACAGCAAUCAGCGAGAUCGGAACACUCUUCCCAAGAAAGGGCUCAGGUAUCAGCUUCAGUCCCAGGAGGAGACCAAGGAGAGGCGACACUCCCAUACCAUUGGUGGGCUGCCUGAAUCCGACGACCAGUCAGAGCUGCCUUCUCCCCCUGCACUGUCCAUGUCCUUGAGUGCAAAGGGCCAGCUUACCAACAUAGUGAGUCCCACUGCGGCCACCACGCCAAGAAUCACCCGCUCCAACAGCAUCCCCACCCACGAGGCGGCCUUCGAGCUGUACAGCGGCUCCCAAAUGGGGAGCACCCUGUCCCUGGCCGAGAGACCCAAGGGGAUGAUUCGGUCAGGAUCCUUCCGAGACCCCACGGACGAUGUUCAUGGCUCAGUGCUGUCCCUGGCCUCCAGUGCCUCCUCCACUUACUCCUCAGCUGAGGAGCGGAUGCAAUCUGAGCAAAUCCGGAAACUUCGCAGGGAACUGGAAUCAUCCCAGGAAAAAGUGGCCACCCUGACAUCUCAGCUUUCUGCCAAUGCUAAUCUGGUGGCUGCUUUCGAGCAGAGCCUGGUGAACAUGACCUCCCGCCUGCGGCACCUGGCAGAGACCGCGGAGGAGAAGGACACUGAGCUGCUAGAUUUGCGAGAAACCAUAGACUUUCUGAAGAAAAAGAACUCUGAGGCCCAGGCAGUCAUUCAGGGAGCCCUCAAUGCCUCCGAAACCACACCCAAAGAACUUCGGAUCAAGAGACAAAACUCCUCAGAUAGCAUCUCAAGCCUCAACAGCAUCACGAGCCAUUCCAGCAUUGGCAGCGGCAAGGAUGCUGAUGCGAAAAAGAAGAAAAAAAAGAGUUGGGUCUACGAGCUUCGAAGUUCCUUCAACAAAGCCUUCAGUAUAAAAAAGGGACCCAAGUCAGCUUCCUCGUACUCUGAUAUAGAGGAGAUUGCCACACCUGACUCCUCAGCUCCCUCGUCCCCGAAACUGCAGCACGGCUCCACAGAGACGGCGUCACCCUCCAUCAAGUCCUCCAACUCGUCCUCUGUGGGCAUCGAUGUCGCCGAGGCCCCUGCUCACCCAGCUCCCCACACCAGGCUGUUCCACGCCAGUGAGGAGGAGGAGCCAGAGAAAAAGGAGGUAUCAGAGCUGCGCUCUGAGCUAUGGGAGAAGGAGAUGAAGCUUACAGAUAUCCGCUUGGAGGCCCUCAACUCCGCCCACCAGCUGGACCAGCUUCGGGAGACCAUGCACAACAUGCAGUUGGAGGUGGACCUGCUGAAAGCAGAGAACGACCGGCUGAAGGUAGCCCCAGGCCCCUCGUCAGGCUCCGCGCCAGGGCAGGCCCCUGGAUCAUCAGCUCUAUCCUCCCCGCGCCGCUCCCUGGGCCUUGCGCUCACCCAUUCCUUCAGCCCAGGCCUCGCAGACACAGACCUAUCGCCCAUGGAUGGCAUCAGCACCUGUGGUCCAAAGGAAGAAGUGACCCUUCGGGUGGUGGUGAGGAUGCCCCCCCAGCACAUCAUCAAAGGGGACUUGAAGCAGCAGGAAUUCUUUCUGGGCUGCAGCAAGGUCAGUGGAAAAGUGGACUGGAAGAUGCUGGAUGAAGCUGUGUUCCAAGUGUUCAAGGACUAUAUUUCUAAGAUGGACCCAGCCUCUACCCUGGGCCUAAGCACUGAGUCCAUCCACGGCUACAGCAUCAGUCACGUGAAACGAGUGCUGGACACUGAGCCCCCCGAGAUGCCUCCUUGCCGUCGAGGUGUCAACAACAUAUCGGUGUCCCUCAAAGGUCUGAAGGAGAAGUGCGUCGACAGCCUGGUGUUCGAGACGCUGAUCCCCAAGCCGAUGAUGCAGCACUACAUAAGCCUCCUGCUCAAGCACCGGCGCCUCGUCCUCUCGGGCCCCAGCGGCACGGGCAAGACCUACCUGACCAAUCGGCUGGCCGAGUACCUAGUGGAGCGCUCCGGCCGUGAGGUGACCGAGGGCAUCGUCAGCACCUUCAACAUGCACCAGCAGUCUUGCAAGGAUCUGCAGCUGUACCUCUCCAACCUGGCUAACCAGAUAGACCGGGACACGGGAAUCGGGGACGUGCCUCUGGUGAUCCUGCUGGACGACCUGAGCGAAGCAGGCUCCAUCAGCGAGCUGGUCAACGGGGCCCUCACCUGCAAGUACCACAAGUGUCCCUAUAUUAUAGGUACCACCAAUCAGCCUGUAAAAAUGACACCCAACCAUGGUUUGCACUUGAGCUUCAGGAUGUUGACCUUCUCCAACAACGUGGAGCCAGCCAAUGGCUUCCUGGUUCGUUACCUGAGGAGGAAGCUGGUAGAGUCAGACAGCGACAUCAAUGCCAACAAGGAAGAGCUGCUUCGGGUGCUCGACUGGGUACCCAAGCUGUGGUAUCACCUCCACACCUUCCUUGAGAAGCACAGCACCUCAGACUUCCUCAUCGGCCCUUGCUUCUUUCUUUCCUGUCCCAUUGGCAUCGAGGACUUCCGAACCUGGUUCAUCGACCUGUGGAACAACUCCAUCAUUCCCUAUCUGCAGGAAGGAGCCAAGGACGGGAUCAAGGUCCACGGACAGAAAGCCGUGUGGGAGGACCCUGUGGAGUGGGUCCGGGACACUCUCCCCUGGCCAUCAGCCCAACAAGACCAGUCAAAGCUGUACCACCUGCCACCACCCACCGUGGGCCCUCACAGCAUCGCCUCCCCUCCUGAGGACAGGACAGUCAAAGACAGCACCCCAAGUUCUCUAGACUCAGAUCCUCUGAUGGCCAUGCUGCUGAAACUUCAGGAAGCUGCCAACUACAUUGAGUCUCCAGAUCGAGAAACUAUCUUGGACCCCAACCUCCAGGCAACACUCUGAGGGUCCAAGUAGUCACUGUCAUUCCGGACAGCAGAACGCUGGCGUCAGCUACGUUCGCUCCUCCUCUCCCCUCUCUUCUUUCAGAGCACUGGCUCUCCAGCCCCAGGAGGAGAGCAGGAGGGAGGAGGAGGUGAAGGAGGAGGGCAGGUUCUUGGUGCUGCACCUGUGAGAACUUCCCAGUGAGGACUGGUGGGGUGGAGUGUGGGAACUUGUGUCCCCUGAAUACAUUACUGGCCUCCUCUCAUGACUUUGGGGAAAAGAUGAUUCUGGGUCUUUUCCUUGACUUCUCUCAAUUACAAACUCCUGGGCUUUCUGGGGAGGGGUUCAGAAGACAUCAAAAAACCCUGCAGCAGUCCGAACUGAUUCUCGCAAACAACUCUGAGAGCGACAGUCGUGCGCAGGAGAUCUGAGCGAGGCAGGAUGCUCGCCUGGUUUUCUCGCAGACCCUUCCCAGUUCCGUCACCACUGCCAACAACUCUUCCCCCGGAGAUCUGGCUGGAGCCCAGAAAAAGAAGCAUGUGGUUUUAAAAAUGUUUAAAUCAAUCUGUAAAAGGUUAAAAAAAAAAAUGGAAAAAAAUGAAGCUGGAGAGAGGGGAACCAGUUGCCAAGGUAGAAAGAGAGCUGCCCGCUCCUGCCCUCUGGAUGAUGUAGGGGACAUUGACAAGACGGCUGCCAACCUAAGAAGUCGCCAAACCACAAAAAUAACAUUACAGCCUUCAGAGAAAGACUAGCUCUGUCUUUCUACCCUCUAAUUUAAACAUGCAUGAGAGUCAAUAAACCCUACUUUUUUAUUUUUGUUUUUUAUUUUGUUUCUAUUUUUUUCUCCCAUUUGCCUAUUCAUUUUCCUUUUUUUUGUUUUUGUUUUUUUUUUUUCCAUUUCCUCACAUGUCCACAAGAUGCUUGGGUUGCUUUUCCAGGGACUAGUUUGGCUUUUCCAAGUGGUUUUUCUUUGGAAAAUCUGAUGCCAUCUAAUUGGCACCAGCUAGACACCUGCCAUGCCACUAUCUUUGGCAUCCUUGGGGCUUAUUUGACACAUGAAGCAUUGGCCCAGAAGUAGUGGGAGAAGAGGAACCUAGUUCCCUUGACCUCACUUUUGAGAAAGCACACGUUCUGCCUGGGAGCUCAGCUGCCAGCCUCUGGCAUGAGAGGGUAUAUAUAGCCCCAUCUUGAUGGAAGACCUACUCUGAGCUUCAUCCUGGACUGGAGGAAAACCAGGAAAUUGGAAAUACUCCCCUGUCUUGUGGCCUGUGUGGGCCCCUCACUGCACUAUUCUGACGGUAGCCACUUUGCCUGACUGAAUCCAAAUAUCCCAGCUGGCCCUUACUGUUUGUUUUUGACAAUACUGACUUAUAAGAGACUGGACAGCCAUGUGAGAUAAUCCCAAUCAGAAUAUCAGUUUCAAGAAGUCUGACUUGGUGGCCAAUAUCUGCCUUCCAAAGAGAUGCUACAUUUUGCAGAAGUUGUCCCUUUGCUAUUGCCCUGAAGGUCUGACAGUCCCUCUUCUUUAAUUUGACCAGUACCUAGACUGAUUGCUUACUGCAUACCAGUCAAUAGGCUAAAAAAAAAAAAAAAAGUCGAGACUUGGGCCCUUAAAUUCAUAGUCCAGUAGGAAAUGUUAACCUCCAUUAAGUGUACACCCCCUUGUUACCCAGACCUCAAGAUCAUCGAAGAAAUGCAGCCGAAACCCAAGGAGCCAGAUAGAAAGAAGCCUUUGGUUAGCUGUCGAAUACAUUGGGGGCAGAAGAUCCGGGAUCAGUUAAGACGGAGCCUGAGAGACAUGGAAUCUUGCUUGUCUGGAAUGGGCAAGUCUACUUCCUGCCAUUUCUGAAAGCCCCUGUGGGACCCGAUUCCAGGCGGAGCUGCCUCAUAGGCUGAAGUUUCAGGGCUCUGCAGGUCAGGGAUGUGUGAUGGGCUUGGGCCGAAGUGUUUGCUCUUCAGAUUCCUAAGUAGCACAAGACUUUAUCAGAAUCUAUAGUCAUCCUAACCCGGAUCACUCUUUUCCACCCAACUGAGGAGUAGCUGCACCUGAAUCUUCAUAUCAGAAUAUUUUCAUUUAGAUCCACAAGAAGGUCCUGACUGCCAGAAAAGCUUCUGCGUUCACCUUAGUAAGCUCCCAGGGGCGACAGGGUUCUCUGUGGUGGAGACCGUUACUGCUAUUGCUGCUAAUUCCACGAGCUGUGAAGAUCCCCAACCAACUCAGCUGUAAAAUAUGCAAUUCUGUGGUGGGAAGAGGCUGUUUGUCCAAGGAUGGUGCUGAAAUCACUGCCUUAAGGUCUCUGCUGUGCAAAAUGAGGAGGCCCCAGAGCUGGGUAUUCUAACUUGGAAGGAAGGGAAGACUGGACGGGCCUACUUGGGACCUAGGCCUCUGCUGAACCGUAUCCUAAGUUCCAGUCCCGUGGCAAGGCUCAGACUUUCACGCCAUCGCAAUCUGGUGGUUGAGCUCUUAACUCUUACUUUCUGGUGCUGCCCAGCCAGUGCCUUCUGUCGUGGAUGUUACUGGCUACUUGAGAAAAAGGAGAGGGGAGAACCCCUUCUUUCAUUCCAACUGCCUCAGACCCCAAAGCGAUUCUUGGCUCUCUGGUAACUAUGGAUACCACCGUGAAUUGUAUCUGGAUCCUCAGCAGGUUGAUUCUGGAGGCCUCUCUUGCUGUGACUCUUCAUUUCUGUCUCUUGGGAUCCACCACCCUGCACUCUCGGCUGACUGCUGCGUUUAGCCCAGGUCUUCAGUUGCUUUCCUCCUGGAAGUGUGUGUCCAUCUAGUGAGGUGAUCCUGAAGCCUCAGCCUUCCCUGAGCCUGGGACCCUGUUUACAGACGCACAUGUGGGCCCUUCACUGUGGGCAUCAGUCAUCUCACAACGGAGUCAUGGUUACGGGGCAACUGCAGAAGGUUGAGCCUCCUCAUGGUGCUAUAACCUCUUGGGACGCUCGUCCGGGCUUCUCUGACGCAGAGAACCUGAGCUCCCCCCCCACUGCCCUAGAAUUAACGGCAAGGAGCAAAUCCACAGCUUUCUCUCCUCCCUGCGCACCUGCGUCUUGGUGGCGACCACCGGGAUCCCUCAGAAAAAGAAAAACUGGGUCCCACAGCUAAAUUCUCAACCCCCAGGCACCUUCGGAAGAAUCCAGCCUAUCGAAUACUGGAAUUCAUGCUAUUCCCUUCCUCUCCAGCCCCCAACUCCACCCCUCACCAAAGUUGGCUAGGAAAUGACAUGGUUCAAUACCCAGUGUCAACCUCCCGGGAGAGCCACAACUCCAGGAGAGUUCCUCAGCAGCGUCUCUCUCAUUUCUGGAUGAAGAAGACCAACAAAUUUUGUCCAAUGUAUUUGUUUCUCAGUUCUUGCCUAGGCACUAAAAAUAAAAUGCUAGGUAAUUGGAGGCUAACAUGGGACCUGAUGUGUGUGUGUGUGUGUGAACCGUCUGCUGUUGCUCUUUCCUAUCUUCUGAGGCUUCAUAGAAUAUUUUUUAAAAAUCUAUGCUUUGUGGCAGCUCUACGGUGCUUAUCUCUGUCUUUGUGUAGAUCCCCAUACCAGUGUCUUUGUCGUGUAGUCUAACCAUUGGGAAGGUAGAGGCUGGCAGGGAAGAAGAAUUUGCUAAAAGUUCAUGGGAAGACCCUACAAUGAAAUCCUUAGUGGCUGGUGUACUGUUUUGGUCUGAAUUGCCAACCUGCCAACUGAUCUAUCCCUACUCCUUAAGGACUUAAGGAAUUUUUUUUUUUUUUCAUUUCUUGCUUUCUGGUUUCCCUAGUUUGCAGGACUCAAGGUGGACCUAAUCUCACCAUCUCUUCACCUCUAGCUCACUGAGAUAAGGGUCACACUAUUCAGAGGGAUACCCCCUUACAGUGGUCUGAGAAGUAACUAUUUCCUGUAGUAUUCCAAAAGAGGAGGAAGAGAGAAGUGGUAGCCUGCUGUUUCUCACACCUCACAUCAUAACCUGGGAUAGAACUCAUACAUACCCUGCAUGUAGGUGACAUCUGCCUGACUGAAUGGGACUCAGACCUACAAACCAGGAUCAAGGAGAUACCUCCAUGAGACCUUAAGGAUUUUUACUGCAAAGUGUUUGGGAGGGGAAAUUGUCCUAAUCACACAUUUAACACAGAGGUUAAGCGCUGAAGUAACCCAGAUCACCAAAUGCAGCUCCUUAUCAUACUUUAUUUUUUCUUUCCUGAAUCCUGGGCAUUAGCUAAGCUACAGCCAAGUAGUAGAUUGUAUAAGCCAACCGCCAUGAUGGGAUGAAAAAAUGUGCUUUUGCAGAUGGUUUAUUAAUGGAGAUGGGCAUGCUAGUGGGAGGCUGUAAUAAAAUGGUUUUAGGGACACUGUUCCCAAAAGGCCAAAGCCUGAAGAUAUGGCCAUUUAUAAUUGAAUCAGCCUUAUAUUAUAUUCAUGAGUCCUCAGUCAACUUGAUCAGGAUAUAUGGGGCACCAACUUGGCUGUCCCUGCUGCCCAGGGUGCAUGUGUGCGUGCCUGCUCAGCCUAGCCCUGUGAGCAAGCACUGCCAGCCACAGAUCCUGGGAAAGGUGAUAGUAAACCGGAGGAUGGUUCAGCCCUGCAGGGAGGAAACCUGGCAAGAUUUGGAAGCUGCAGGGAAACCAAGACAGCUGAAAAUUAAACCCAUGUGUACUAGAUCCUUCCAAUAUGAUGUUCUGGCCAUUUAAAUAUUAUGCCAUGAAUUUUCUGGGGCAAGGGUAGUCAUGGAAAUAAAUAACCCCCUAGGUCCUUAAUUCAACCCUUUCAUUUCUUGAAGCAGUGGUUCUCAAAGUGUGGUUCCAGACCAGCAGCGUCAGCAACAUUUGGGAACUUACUAGAAUGAAAUGCUCAACCCCAUCCCAGAUCUACUGAAUCAGAAACGCUAGGGAGAGGGCCCAGAAAUACGUGUUUUAGCAAGUCCUCUUGGUGAUUCUGGUGCACACGAAAGUCUGAACUUCUGCUAUUUAAAGGGAAAGUGCCCUUUAGAGGAUCAGGGUCCCCACACUGAGGGCCUUUAGGGCCCAAAAUAAGGUUUUAGCUUAUAAUCCAGGCUUUAACAUUAAUUUCAAAGUCACCUUUCUCUUGCUUCUGUUUCUCUUUUUCCUUUUAAUUUUAACAAAGAGAAGGUAUGUGUGUUUUUGGACAGAAGUUAGGAGGGUGUUUGCAUCUUUCCUAGUUCAGAGAAAAAUGUCAUGCCUCUGAAAUUUCUGCCUGGCAAACUAAGGGGCUUCAACAUAAGAAAGCAGUUGGAGGUCUCUUCUGCACUGCUCUUCUGCUAGAUUAUGUGUAUCUAUUCUGAGCCUUUUCUGAUUAUGUAAUAGGAUGGGAAAAGUUUAAAAAAAAAUCUAAUGUGUAUUUCCAUGACAAUGUGUUCUCCCAGCAACAUCCUGCUCCUUUAUUUGAGUUAUAAAGGGCACUGCUGGGCCUGAGAGCCUGGCUAGAACCUCCUUCCCCGGGCAGCUCACAACUGCAGGGCUCCAGUAUCCCAGGAAGGCCCCUGAUGUGUGCUCCACUCAGCUCGUAGGAGAGAGUCCUGCACGAUGAAGACACAGCACUGGGCACCGAAGUCCCUGGGCUCAUCCUUUCUUUUCCCCACAACAGGGCCUGGAUACAGAACUACUCAGCCAAGGCAAUAGAAUAAAAUCCUUUAAAAAAAAAAAUACCUAAAAAGAGCUUCAUAUCUUUCCAAACUCACAGACUAGCUGAUGGGGCCAUGGAGGAGAUGAGGUUGUUUAAAACUGGUUUUUGUUUCAAGUUUGUCAGUUUUCCCUGGGAGAGAAUGUUUGAGUAGAGCACAAAGAAACAAGCAGUAGUAGGAACAGGUCUCCUGAGUUCAGAAACUAAGCAUUUGGAGGAAGGACUAAAGCAAGUAUAAAAUAAUUGCACUAAAAUCACCUCCUCAGUCCCCAAAAGGCUGAUGAUGGGUCCACUGGCCAUCUGUGUGGUCUUCCUGCUUCCCUGCCAUUUCUCUAAGACUAAAGACGGUAAGAUACUAAGGCAAGAGCUCUCCUAUCCAAGCCAGUCUCUGCUACUGCUGUGCAGUGGCCUCCCACUUCCUAAUGUUUUUGGUUUGUUUUUGAUUUUUCUAACAACAACAAAAAAAAAAAACCCUUUUUUUUUUUUUAAAUGAAUUCCAACCCCUGCCAGCUUCCUCCUCAUGCCACCAUCCCGUGUUGGGCAGCGCUGUUUACGUGAUGGAGUUCGUGUUUCUCAAAUGCAUGGUGUUCCUCAGGUGGAGGGUGGGCAGAAAUUUUUGCAACACUUUUUUUUUAAGUUAUUGGGGGCAAAACCCCAAACCAGGAUAUGUGUGUGUCUGUGUGUUUAUGUUUUUUCCUCAUUUGACCCUCUCCUCUUCGAACCUACCCCCUUUUGUAUCUAAUGUAGGAAAGCAAAACCGAAUCUGGAAAGCAAACCGUUGUAUAUAGUUGCGGUAACAAUCAUGAAGACAGCUGGGCUAUCCCCUCAGUAAUUCAUAUUAAAUAACAAAUUGGUCAAAAAUUCAAUUCAUGCCAGGGCCGGCUGAAGAGGCCUUCCACCAUCACCAGAGGCCCCUCAUCUGGGCCCUCGGUCCAUCAGGCAUGUCUCCUCCCAGCAAGACUCAUCUGUUCCAUGCCAUUACGUUUCAAUAAAGUUAUCUCCUGUAUUGUC